CCCGGCCAUCUCGUCUUUUAAAACAAUAAUUUCCUGUGGCAGUCAGUUCCUCUUUUGGCCUGUAAGACAGCGAUGAGGGCUUGAAUCACCCAAAACGGAAAAAGGAAAACCAACUUGACGUUAGCGGCGUCUAGCAUAGCUUAGCUAUGAUUCCCUAAAGCAUUGUGAACGUUGUACCUAUAUUUAAAUGGCUAUAUAACAGCAUUCUAGGUCGUUGGGUACACGAAGAUCAGAUGGUUUAUGAGAAUGCACAGACAUGGGUGACAUGAAAACCCCAGAUUUUGAUGAUCUUCUUGCAGCUUUUGACAUCCCAGAUGCCACUGGAUUGGAUUCUAAGGAUCACAUCCAGGGAACCCAUGAGGAGAUAGAUAACCAGCUAAAACACUGUCUGGAUGACAGCUUACUCAGUAACCCGGCUGCCACUGCGGCAGAUAUUUCUCUUGUUAGUGUAAUAGUAAAAAACACAAGUCGCCAAGAAUCACUGGAAGGUUUCAGUGAUCGGCUUCAUCCAGCACCAGUGUUACAGAAUGGAUUCAAGGGACAGGAAACCUGCGUUACGCUUGUGGAGCCAACCAACCCAAGUCUUUCUAAUUCAUUUCAGGCUGGUUUGAAUGGGGAGGGCUCAAGAGAGUUUCCCAGAGAAACUCCUCUUCACCAGAAACCUGAUGAAACGUCAGUAUUUUCUCCAUCACUUUCCCAUUUUAGUCCUGUCUCCAGUCCUGAAACAGACACGUUGUGUAGCCAAGACCGGAAGGCUUCAAAACAAGAGGGACCUUGUUUUCCAGAAGCUCAGGUUUUGGUGGAACCUUUAGUUCCAGACAGGGAACAAAAUUCAGAUCUUUUCUUGUUCGAUGCGUCUCCCAAGAACACACAAGAAAAUGGCAGAAGCAAUGAUCUCACUGAUAUCUAUGUCAGCAGUGACGCAAAGAAAACCACUAGAGCAGGUUGUUCAUUUCCCUCUUUAGGCACUGAUCAAAACUUUAUAGAGACAGAAUCCAAAUCCCAAAACACAGUGGAUGUGACUGCCUCUUAUUCAUCUGCCAAAUCUGAGACGUCGAAAGUGCCCUCGUCUUAUGAGCCUCCAGUUGCUCCAAAUAUUAAAAAGGAUCCCAGUGAGCAAACUUAUUCUAAACAGUCAUCAGUAUUGCACAGGGAUUGUGUCAAAGCUAGUAACAUGGCACCCGUAUCCCCUAGAAGCCCCAGAAGUCCAGCUGAGGCAGUAAAACGGUUAAUGAAACCCUCUGAUAGUCCUGUAAGCAUCUGUAGUGACAGCAGUGGAAAAACAUCCCCUGCAGUGGCAUCAAUGUCAUCCCCAGCUAUACCCAGGGUCAGAAUUAAGACUAUUAAAACUACUUCUGGUCAGAUUAAACGCACAGUCACCAGUGUGCUGCCGGACUCAGAAACAGAUGAUAUUCAUUCUGCUUAUGAAUCCUCGCCAUCGCAGAGUAUGAUCAGUGAAGACUCCUACUGCAAUGUGUCCCCUCGUCAGUCUCAAGCUGCUGACUGUAGUCCUGGAAGUAACCCAGCAUGCACAUCUUCACCGAAAAUGCCCAGAAGAUCUGAGGAAAACCCAAGACGUUUUAGGACUGCAGUCCCCAGCAGCAGUCGUGCUAUCAAGCGAUCUGUUGCACACAAUGUGCAGAAACCAAAGAGAGCGCCAUGUACAACAGGUCACACAUCUAACACAAACUUCCUUCCAAAAGCAAUGCACUUAGCAAGUCUAAACCUGGUCCCUCACAGUGUUGCUGCUUCAGUAGCUGCCCGUCCCUCCUCCCAUCAACAGGGUCAACACAUACUCUCCUCUGUAGUAUGCAGCACUGUCCCUCUAGUGCAUCAGGUCAAAACAGCCAACCCUAUGCCCCGGUCAUCUGUUUGGAACACAGCUGCAGGAACCUUAAACAGCCUUUUAACUAGUGCCAACCCAGUGCCUGUAUAUGUGCCUAACCUGAACCCCCCUCCAGAGUGCAACAUCAAGCUUCCCCCUCACGGAUAUUGCUGCCUCGAGUGUGGGGACUCCUUUGGCGUCGAGAGGAGUCUGGCGUUCCAUUACAACAGGAGGAGCGUCCAGAUCGAAGUAGGAUGUACACACUGCUCGAAGACCCUGGUUUUCUUUAACAAGUGCGCCCUGUUGGCACAUGCACGGGAGCAUAAAAACAACGGUAGUGUAAUGCAGUGUACACAGCUCCAUCUUAAACCUAUAUCAGAGGAGCAGAUGUUUGUACCUCUGAGCACUGAGCCGGUGAAUACAGGCCCACACGCCUCUUCAUUACUCCCACCAAUAAAUGAACCUGUCAUGCCCUUAUAUCCAGACAAUGUAAUUCGCCACAGGCUCCGGUGUCUGGAGUGCAACAAGCAUUUGCCAGACUAUAAAGCGCUUGCAAGUCAUUACCAGAAGAUGUCAGAAGAUGUGGAAGGGCUGCAGAUUUGUAAAGUGUGCUCAAUGUUGUUACCCAACAAGUGCAGCUUCAGAGCUCACCAACGCCUCCAUGCCCACAAGUCCCCCUACUGCUGUCCCGAGUGCGGUGCCCUGAGUCGUUCUGCUGACAUACAGAAGCAUGUCAAGGAAAACUGUCUGCAUUAUGCCCGCAAGGCUUGGUACAAAUGUCUUCACUGCGAUAUGGUUUUCCGAACCCUUCAAGGACAGAAGACUCACAUUGAGGAGAAACACCGUGAGGUCUUUUACAAAUGCUCCGUCUGUCCAGUUGCCUUCAAGACCCCUGAGGGCUGUGAAGUACAUUUAAAAAACAAACACAGAUCUAGCAAACAAACGCCCCAGUUGGUUUUUAAGUGUUCCUGCAAGGCAGUUUUCAAGAAAAAACACCAGUUUUUUCAACAUUUUCAUGAAAACGCCAACAAGCGAGUUACGUGUGUGUUUAAGUGUCCAGAAUGCAACUCGGUUUUUCCAAAAAAGCGGCUGUUAAUGCAGCACUUCAAGGGUGUGCAUGUGGGAAACAUGACAGCAGAGACAGAAAAAGACACUAAAGAAAAACAAGGGAUGGAUAGAUGCCCAGAGUCUCAUCCUGCCCAGCAGGAGAAGAGUCUCAUCGCUCGCAAACACACCAAUAGUCCAAGAAAAAAGCCGGAGCAGGACGCCAAACCUCGCGUUAGGCCUAGGGGCUGGACAUGCGGCGAGUGUCUACAGUGGUUUGCUGAACGAGAGUCCUACGUUUCUCACAUAAGGAACAGCCAUGGAAAGUCAAUGAGGAAAUAUCCCUGUCGCCACUGUGAGCAGUCCUUCAACUCUGCCACCAGUCUGAGGAGACAUAUUCGCAGUGAGCAUGAUGGUAAAAGAAGAAUUUAUUCUUGUUGGUACUGCACGGACCCGAAGACGACAUUCACAACAGGUGUGAUGUUGAAGAACCACAUUAGUCUUAUGCAUGGAAUUAAAAACCCGGAUCUUAGCCAGAUGCCCAAAACGUCCAUCAAAGAAUUCAAAAACCCUUUGGGCAAGGUGAUAAUAUCAGCGUCACCUGUUGGGGACACACGGGCCGAUAGCCCGGAUCGCAUCGAUCUUGACGCUCAUUCAGCUAAACGUCUUAAAACUCAGCUCCGCUGCUCAAAGUGCGGUUUCAUCACAGACGACAGUACAGAGUUCCAGCAGCAUAUACCUCAGCAUAAAACAGAUGACAACACUCCUCAGUGCCUUCGCUGUGGCCUGUGUUUCACAUCUGUGUUUUCUCUUAAUAGACAUCUUUUUAUUGUGCACAAAGUGAAAGAUCCCAAGGAAGAUGAUUAUGAAGAAGAGGAGAAAAGACAUGUUGGUAAAACAGAUAGGAACAGCAGGUUGGUUAGAUCAGCCGCGGCUGAUCAGGUGAAUGACUUUAAACCCUUGCUGGAUGAAGAGCCAGAAAAUCCUCACUCCACAAACACUAUGGACAGUCAUUUAAAACUAAACACUCUCUCUCAGACAGAUGCAGCUUCGCCCCAUUAGCGAGGGUUUCAUUUGUCCCAGAAAAUGCCGCAUUUAGUUGUACUUUUUUUUUUUUUUAUGGAGUCGAGCCAAAUUUAUGCUUCAGCGUCAGCUUGACGCAGGACCUGCGCUCUGUACCUUCCCUUUAGCUUGACGUGCACCUGUCCUGAAAAAUAACUCCAUGUCGUAGCAACCCAUGCUAACAACUGCUAUUGGUCCAGGUGGUGUGUGUUUACGUGGAUCGCUGCAUUGCUCGUAAUUAACCCCCCAUGUGGAUCGAGAGCAUAAAAUGUAACAGGCUGUGACCAAAUCAGUUUGCUCACCAGUUUGGCUGUUUAUUUUGAGCUUUUAACAGCUCUGGUUUUGCACAUCGUCUCCUUUGCUGCAUUUCUUGUCUGUGUAGAAUCUUUAUUCAAGAUUGAUUUGCUUGCGAAAUCCUUAAAAACCCACAUUCAAAAUCAGUUGUUGCUGAAAUCAACCUGAACUACAGAUUGAGGUGGAGAAAAGUUUGUGUAUGACAGCAUGCCUUUGUGUUGAGACUGCACAUUUGGGGUGGUUCAUAUCCUUCCCUCAGUCCCUAAAAGAAGAAGGUUAAGUUAAUUGGUAACUAAAUUGACCAGAGGGUUAAGUGUGCAUGAGUUUAUUUGUUGUUUUCUUUAUGGUAAACCUGUAACAGGCUGCCUUCUCCAUCUGUCCACUUGAAUGCCUUUCUGUUGAAUGCUAGAAGUGGAUCCAUCCUUUUACUGAUCUGAUGCUGAAGUAUAAAUUUGGCUCACAAGAAUUAAAUUAUUUUAAUGGAUGGGAGAUAAACAUUUGGGGCCUUUUUGUUUGCUUGUUUUUUUUUUGUCAUUUUAAAACGGUGGUGUAUUAAGCAAAUCCAUAUUUUUAAAGAGAACAGUAUUGUCAUUUUUCACUGAAUUAAAUUUACCUUGUAUAUUAGUUAUAAUGUAAAUUGUACUUUUCACCUAAAACUGCACCCAUCUUAAUGUAUUUUCAAAGCCCAUCUCAACAGGAUGCUCAGGAAUAUGUUUGCUUAAAAGUCAAGUAUUGAUGGUUUAAUGGGGAAGUACUGAAUUUUCACCAACACAGUCAAUGAUUAUAUAGUUAUCUGAUAUUUAGUUUUAAAUGCCACAUGCAAGUAAGAUAUUUGUAUUUAUUGUAUCACUUCAUUGCAAAACAUAGUUUAAAAGUACUUUAAUUGUAGUACUCACACAUUUCUUGUAAAUAAAGAAGGAAGAACAAUGCUUUAAGACCACAUACACGUGUAAAAGAGAGCCUAUAAAAGUUAGGCCCUGAACAUAAUGAAUAACAGCAUUUUCAAGUAAAAAAUGCACCAAUCAGUCAAACAGAUAUGGGAAAGGCCAGUUUUACCUUUAGCAAUUCUGAUUUGUGAUCGGCAGGGCAAAUAUCCAAAAUAUCUACCUUUUUUCCCCUCGAUUCAUUAUAUGUGUCAAAGCUGAGAAUGUCUUAUAUUUUGCGCCAUAAAUGUAUCAACCAGUUGUAUGCAUUUUGAUUCAUGUGUUUAAGUUCAGUAAAAUUAUGUAAAGGGGAGGGACAGAUGCAUUCCUUAUCUACACACGUUAAUGAGGAUAAUCUUGUACUUCCUUCAAUUUAUGAUCGGUUCAAAACUGCUAAACACUAUCGGAGAACCUGCAGGUCAUCUUUUCCUUUUUAUGGUAUAGUUCCUAAAAAAAAAAAAAAAAAAUCUGAAUCGCCAGGUUGGUAUUGGCCAGACAAAGCCUGAUCGGUGCACUUCCUCUUUUCAAAUGUUUGUGAUUCCCUGUUAAUCAAACAUGUUUAAAUCAAAUUUGGCUUUUUGUUUUUGCAUGUUAGUUUUGGUGCAGCAGUAUUGAAAAUACCUCAAAUCACCAGAAGUGUAUUUUUUUCCAGCAAACAAAUGUCAGUCUUGUUUCAAUUCAGGGUACAUGGUUUUGGAUAAUCCUGAGAGGAUGUGAGAGUGAACUCGGGUGCAACAUCUAGGAUACUGUUUUAUAAAUCCCAACCUGGGGGUGCGAUUGAAUGCAGAAAUAUUUUAGGGGUAAAAUAACUCAUGGACCUGCGUUUAUGAAGGAUGUUUGUUGUCUGUAGGUUCUGAUUUGUGCAGCAGUACUUCUUGUUUUGUGUUGUUCACAUGACGGUUCCUACCUCCACAGGAAAUGGCAGCGAUGGUUAAAUGUUCAGAAACUUUGAGAGGUUGAAGUUAAUCUCAGUGCAAUGUAAGCAAUUCUUUUAUAAAACUUGUAUUCACCUAUGUUGUUGAAUUUUAUAAAUUAUUUUUGGAAAUAUUUAGGUUUAAUGGUCAUAUUGACUUGAUAAACAAGUUAACCUUUCCAAUAAAGUGCAUGAAGUCACAGUGUAGCAGUUUAUCUGCUAGUAGGUGGGAAGGGUUACCUGUUCACACUGUACCUUUUUAUAACAUUCAGUAAAACACAUUUUUACUUUUGAUACAGUGUACAAAAAGAACUUGUAUAGAAAAUAAAUGUGUACAUUAAGUAAUAAAUGAAUCCUGGAUUCACAGCAUCCUCUAAGCCAUUACAUCUGUUCAGCAUGCAGUGGCCUGUGUGCCUUGCUGUUACAUGAAGUACUUGCAAAUAAACAGGUGCAUUUAAUGAAA